AUGGGCAGGCCCAGGACUGCCCGCACUCAGUCAGCGCUACGGAGGCUGAAGCGGGGCCAGAGCCGCCUCUGGAUGAGGUCUGGAAAGCAGAAGCCAGAUCGGCUGCCAGCCCCCCUGGUGUCAGUUAAUCGCCGUCACCGACCCCACAAGGCAGUCAGGGGCUGCCAAGUGAGGCGCCGUCCUGCACCGCACCAGGCACAGCGUGGGAAGGGUCCCCGGAUCCGCCCCUUCCCACAGAGAAGGGACCCUUGCGAUGGGGGGAGGAGGGGAGCCUUCACCCCGGCCGCCACCCGGCCCUCCCCGGAGAGGAGGCCAGGGGCACCCAGCAGUCUCAGGCUGGAGGGCCCGCCCGAGGAGGACCGAGGGGGAGAGCGAAGCCGAAAGGAGGAACCGCGCAAAGACCCCACCAACAACCGGGCAAUCAGAGCAGACCAAAAAUCUCUCUGCAGCAGAUGCCAUGAAGAUGAAGAGAACUUCCCUAUACCUUACGCUACUGAGUCUGAAAAAACCAAUGCCACAUCGCACAGAGAUAACUGGAAAUGUCGCCAUCAUUGGAAUGCCACCCCAGAAUCUUGCACCAUGCAUCCAAUACUAUGUGACCUUGAGGGUGUUUUUCUCUCAAUUCUUGAGUUUCUCUUAUUACAAAAUAGAAUUUUCACUGGAGAUAAGGAGAGCCACUAAGUAUACAUUAAGGCAGCCCCUUUACACAAUAUCAUGAGCUCACAAAUUUUCAAAAGAAAUUGCACUGUGUUGGGGGGUUUCUUUACACUUGACAGAUUUAGAGUGAACCCCCUCCUUUCUUCUCCAUUCCAUUUUGUCUUUUUUAAGGGUAGGAAAUUAAAAACUGA